GCACGGCGCAACACACUGUCAUCCAGGUGUAGAUUAAAGCCAAAAUUGAAAAAAGAGUCAACAAAACUGUAUAAACAGUUGGCAGUUGACCAGAAGACAGAAAGUGAGAGUGGGGCCCAAAGCGUAAAAUGAAAACUUAAAUGCAAUCAAAACAAUUGCUGACUCAGGCAAACGAUAAAACAAAGUAACUUAGCCCGAUACGCAAAAACUACAUAAAGCCCAUCAACGAACAAUAGCAAAUAGACAGGUUUCAGCCUAACAUAUGGCAUGGCCACAAUAUUAAUAAAGUUAUAGAUAACGGUACGCAUAUGUACAAAUAGAUAAUGGUUGCGGCUAAGUAUGAACGUCUCAACACUGGCGACGUUGACGCCGGCAGCGACGCGCUUGACGAUGAUAACAUUGAGGAAGUUGAACUGCGUUUAGAUUUUACAAACAAAAAUGCCAGCUCAAACUCCAGUCAAGAGCGCAACGGCGAAGCCACGUCUGCAAAUCAGCGAUCCGACAGCCUGACUAUGACACGGCAUACGGCCGAUGCAAGAUUUAUGCAAAUGGCAAUUGGCACACUGGCCACCAUAUUGCUCUAUCUAACGCUCUCCAUAACACUCACAUUCUAUCAAACGGACAUCAAUCGACAGUUGCCUUUCCCGCUGACAAUUGUCUCGUACCAUUUGCUGCUGAAAUUUGCGCUCGCUGCUCUGGUGCGAAGCAUUUACCGUCUGCGCGCGGGUAAGACACGUGUCCAGUUGGAUUGGCGUGUGGCUGUGCGUAAAAUGGCGCCCACUGGUGUCGCCAGCGGCAUUGAUAUUGGCUUCUCCAACUGGAGUCUUGCAUUGGUGCCCAUUUCGUUAUAUACUAUGACUAAAUCAUCGACAAUUGUAUUUAUUUUGUUGUUUGCUAUACUAUUGGGGCUGGAGCGCAAGAGCUGGUCGUUAUUCCUCAUUGUGGGACUCAUAGGACUUGGACUCUUCAUGUUUACGUACAAAUCUUCAAAGUUUAAUGCUCUAGGUUUCUGUUUUAUACUCUUUGCAUCGCUCUGCAGUGGAUUACGUUGGACCUUUGCGCAGUUUAUUAUGCAAAAAUCAAAGCUGGGUCUGCAUAAUCCCAUUGAUAUGAUCUAUUAUAUGCAGCCUUGGAUGAUUGCUACGCUUUUGCCCUUAGUUCUCUUUAUAGAAGGCCCAAGGCUGUACGUUGUGUUGGAGCACUUUUCAAGCUACGCACCAGAAGACGUUACCUGGAUCUGGACCAAAGUUACUGGCGGCGCAGCUAUUGCAUUCCUUAUGGAAAUCUCUGAAUUUAUGGUGCUGUGCAAAACUUCAAGCCUAACGCUGUCUAUUGCUGGUAUCUUUAAGGACAUUUGCCAGUUAGCCUUGGCUGUGGCGCUCAAAGGUGAUCAGUUGAGUCCCAUUAAUCUGGUGGGCUUGGCCGUCUGCCUGGCCGGCAUUGGUUGUCAUGUAAUGCACAAAUACUCCAGCAUGUCGCAGUUGAACAAACAGCAACAGGUGCUGCAGCUGGACAAUGAUCAGGAGGACGCAGCAGCUGAGUAUGAUUUUAGCAAAGGCAACACGCACUCGGGCAUUGGUCAAAGCAAUGCUAUGGGCAAGCAUGCUACGCUUACUGUGCCGCUGCUGGAGGAAACCGACUCGGAAGAUGAAUCGGGUAACGAUGCCAACAAACAAAAUUCAUCCGAUGUUAUCUUUGAUGUGCUUAAGCGGCGUGAUAUGCAACGAUGAUUUGAUUCCAGGCAGCACCAAAGCCACUAUCAACUGUUGAUAGUUCUUGUAAAUGUUGUAAAUUCUAAAGCCUAUUCUUUAGCACAACAAUAUGUUAUACUUUAUAUAUAUAUGUAUAUUUCUAUAUGCCCUAGCAGCUGUCUGAUGUUUGUAUAUAUAAACUAAAGUCAGUUAUUCCAAGCUCGUUGCCAUAGGAACAUCGGCUACGCAGAGUUGUUCCUUUAUACUUAUAAUCCAUAGCAGUUGCUAGGCUACUUAAGCUUCGGUCUACCGAUAUCCUUACAUUCUGUUUGCCUUUAUAUUAUGUACAAUUCCCUAUCUUGCUUUUAAACGAUUUUAAUUAAGCCAAUGAUUUUAAUUUAGUGCGGUUUUAGUUGUGAUCUAACUAUAUACAUUAUUGAUACUAUAUUGACUGCAUAUUUGUGCAUAUUUUAUCAUAAGCUGUGGCUAACAGCUGUAACUGUAACUGGCGGCUCUAUAUAUUUAAACCAUUAUCAGUGUUUAUAUUAGAAACAUGUAAAUGUAUUAAACAUUUUUUUUUAAUGCAGCUAAUAGUUGUACAUAUAUUUCCAUCAUUAUAUCAAAAACAAAGAAAUCAAAUUGAAUUCGACAAAAUUGUGUAAACUCGAAAUAAAAUUGUUAAUGUACAAUCAAGAGACAAAAC